CGGAACCGCUCCGCCAUUCACAUGCCAAAACGGUCGCGACGCGGUCGCCCAACAAAAAUCAUUCGCGAAAAUCGACUUCUCCAAAGCUUGCCCAACAGUUAAUCAAGUCGCUUGCGAUGGCAGCCAGGUCGCAAAGUGUGCCCCUGGCGCCGGUGGAGUCAACAGCUGGGUACUCAGUCCUUGUGCUGCGGGAACAAGCUGCUUCGCCUUGCCGUUGGUAAACAAACCCGGUACUAGCGUGACUUGCGACACCCAAGCCGAUCGUGAUGCUCGUGUCAAUAACGCUCUUGCCACCUGCCCAAAGAAAGUGAAGAGAUCAAAAAUGUUGAGGAAGUAA